CUUCCGGUCAGCUAAGUGUAGCCGUUAGCAGGCUAACUCCACCGUGCUAAAGCUGCUUCAGAAUAAUCUGUAGCUUUGCAAGUUUGGAAGAAGCUUCCGAUGAUGUGACACACGGCGGAGAUAAUCGCGUGCUGUACGGUGAUUUUACUUGGCUCGUGUGAGCUGUGUGGAUCGAGCCUGUGUGGAGGCUGGGAUCAGGUCUGAGAUUCACCAUCUGAUCUCAAGAACACCCCCUGAAGAGGAGGAGCUCUGGAGGCUGUCCCUCCUUUAGACAUGACCUCUGGGCUGCUGUAGACAGAGAUCAGGGGGACCAGUAGAGGACUGGUACGUGGCUACAGGUCCAGAUGGGGAACAGCGCCCUCAAAUCUCACCUGGAAACGUCCCAGAAGACGGGAGUUUUCCAGCUGACAGGAAAAGGCCUGCAGGAGUUUCCUGAGGAGCUUCAGAGGCUCACUGCCAACCUAAGGACAGUGGAUUUGUCUGGGAAUAAGAUCCCGGUUCUUCCCUCCACCAUCGGAAACUUUCUGCAACUGAAGAGUCUGACGCUGAACUCCAACCGUCUCACUGGACUUCCCUCUGAGAUCGGGAAGCUGAAGAAACUGGAGACCCUGAGCCUGAAUGGGAACCAGAUCCAGCAGCUGCCUCCCACUCUGUGUCAGCUUAAAGCCUUGCGGACCCUCAACCUGGCAGGGAAUCAGAUCUCAGAGUUCCCCCUGGGCCUGGAAACCCUGAGGCAGCUGGAUUUGCUGGAUCUGUCACGGAACAGGAUUCAGAAUGUUCCUGCCGAGGUGUCGCAGCUGCAGGCCAUAGAGAUCAACCUGAACCAGAACCAGAUCUCGGUGCUGUCGGCAGAGGUCUCUCGCUGUCCCCGUCUGAAGGUUCUCCGUCUGGAGGAAAACUGUCUAGAACUGUCUUCCAUCCCUCACUCCAUCCUGAUCGAUUCCCAGGUGUCUUUGUUCUCUGUGGAGGGAAACCUGUUUGAGGUGAAGAAGCUCCGGGACCUGGAAGGGUACGACAAGUACAUGGAGCGUUUCACCGCCACCAGAAAGAAGUUUUCCUGAAAACUUGGAUAAUGAAGAUGACGAUGAGUCUGGAUCUGUAAGGGAGAAUCAGCCUCAGUCCCCCCAACCCACCCACCCACAGCUGCUUCUGCUACUAAACCCAGACCUACAGGGAGCUGGUCCCAGUAGAAACCCAGCCAGAACCGGAUCAGCACCACAGAAGAAGACUUGGAUGUUUCAUAAGAUGAUAUAAAGCUUUAUUGCUCAUGUGUUGAUAGACGGGAACGUUCAUCUCCAGCAGAUUCUGCUGAACAGAUCAAACUUACACCUGUGUCCAGAACUUCAGAACUUCACAGGGUUUCAGGCAGGACAAGAACAUCAGGACAGAUCUGGAUCAAAAGGAAAACUCUGACAAACAUUCAUGAAACAUAAGUUUUAAACAUCUGCAGGUCCAGCAGGAAGUUCUGGUUCCUGUUCAGGGUCCAAUGCUGACCUGAGAUCUGCUGGUUCCAAACCAAACACAUCAGAAGCACAAGAUAUCGGGGCAUGCUAAUUGCUAACAGCUAAAGGCUAAUAGUUCACAGCUAAUGACUAACGGCUAACAGUUAAUGGCUAACGACUAACAGCUCAAUAUUUGCUGGGUUCAGCUUCAUGGCUGUGACCUGGUGAGCCUGAACCCGGAACUCUGAACAGACUGGGAUAAUCGGGUUUCUGUCUGUAGUUUAAGUUGUUGUGACUCGUCCUGUUUGUGCAGGUUUUGGUUGUUUACAUGUCAACAACAUGUUCAGAGAAGAACAGGAAGAUGACCGGCUGACAGAAUCUGGACUCACCGGACAGAUGUUCACUUUUUCACCCAUUCAGGACCCGUUCAGAACUGACCCAACAUUUACCUGCUUUCCCCUUUCAGACCUGCUCAGAUGCUGUCGCUGCAUCAUUGCUGUAAAAUUAAUCUGAAAAAAUAAAGUAAUUUGUUUAUCUGAA